AGUCACUGUUAGUUAAUAUAUAAAUCGUGAGCCUUUCUUCUAGGGUUUACGCCGUUUGAGGAGUUUCAGAGCUACCAAGCAGGUCGAAGCAGCAGCCUCCGAAAAUGGCCCCCAAAAGAGGCGUAAAAGCUCCAGUCGCAGCUUCCAAGAAGAAGACGGACAAGGUUGUAAACCCGCUGUUCGAGAAGCGCCCGAAGCAGUUCGGUAUCGGAGGGGCAUUACCACCGAAGAGGGAUCUGACCCGGUUCGUGAAAUGGCCCAAGGUGGUUCAGAUUCAGAGGAAGAAGAGGAUCCUCAAGCAGAGGUUGAAGGUUCCUCCAGCGUUGAACCAGUUCACCAAGACCCUCGAUAAGAACCUCGCCACCAGCCUGUUCAAGAUGCUUCUCAAGUACAGGCCUGAGGACAAAGCUGCAAAGAAGGAGCGCCUUUUGAAAAGGGCCCAGGCCGAGACCGAAGGCAAAUCUGUUGAGGCCAAGAAGCCUAUUGUUGUGAAGUAUGGUCUCAACCAUGUGACCUACCUCAUAGAGCAGAACAAGGCCCAGCUUGUUGUUAUCGCACACGAUGUUGACCCAAUAGAGUUGGUUGUUUGGCUUCCUGCUUUAUGCAGGAAGAUGGAAGUCCCAUAUUGCAUUGUGAAGGGCAAAGCACGCUUGGGAUCGAUUGUCCACAAGAAAACUGCAUCAGUUUUGUGCUUGACAACAGUCAAGAAUGAGGAUAAGUUGGAGUUCAGCAAGGUCUUGGAGGCAAUCAAGGCCAACUUCAAUGACAAGUAUGAGGAGUACAGGAAAAAGUGGGGUGGCGGCAUCAUGGGUUCCAAAUCCCAGGCAAAAACUAGGGCGAAGGAGAAGCUCCUUGCGAAAGAAGCUGCGCAAAGGCUUAAUUAAAUUUGGUUGUUUUUUGUACUUCUUUCUACUUAGGAAAAGAUUGUCCGAGUUUGCUUUUCGAUUUUGUGUAGUUAAAGUUUGUUUAGAUCAACCGUUGAGGUUUUCUUUUCCUUUAAAUGCCGCAAUGUUGUUUAGCCGGUUGGAUCAAGACUGAAUGGACAUGCCGAAUUUGGUACGGUUUUGGGGAUAUCCAGUGAUGAGCAAUUACAUUAUGUUUUAUGAUGA